AUGAAUCCAAUUCAGGUCAUCAUCUGCGGCAAGUCUGUACAUGUGGCAAUCGGCGUCAAAGAAGCUAUCAGGCCAACAUAUGAGGCGCUCCAUGUCAUAACCUCUGUGGCCGCUGGGAUAAGCGACAUUCCCCCUCUUCUGCAGGGACAAGCACCUCCCUCCAAGGAGCAGGCUAAUCUUGGAACCCAAGAAUACGGGAAAAAGGUUCAAGCGAUUAUAGCUGGUGGGGGAUACAAUGAUGCAGAGCUGCAAAGCCUUCGCGAUGCUUGCAAAGGAUACGGCAAUGUGCCGUGGCUACGUCACGACAUAAGCAAAGAAAUUGACCCAAGGCAGCCUAGGCCGAAGGUUGGAAUUGAAUACGGCGAGCAGAUUGGGAACAAAGUAGUGGAAUGUUUGGAUCGCUUGAGAAUCGAGGGCAAGAUGGGAGAAGACGGUGUAUAUUGGUUUUAG